AUGGUAGAAAUAGCCGAUGCUAAGAGGCCGCGCGAGGCUUCACACAGCCGCCUGGCCACACACCGACACGGCGACGGCUCUACGGAGCUACGCCACGACAGAAACGCGCCAACAGAGCCAUGCCCCACACAGCUACGCCGCUACGAAGCCACGCCCCCCGCUCGCAUCACGCCCCCCGGCCUCUACGGCACUUCACCUGCAACCGCUCUACCGACACUGUGCGAAGUGUACGAGUUUGCAACACAAACACGUGCUUCUCUAUCG